GUGUCUGUGUGCGUGCGCACCUGUGUGCGACCUUUCCCAGCCUCAGCCCAGCUGGAAACAGCAGAUGUCUCCUGGCCCGAGAUACACUGCCUGGAGUGUGGCCAGCCUGCAGGAAUGGGCAGAGGUAAGAGGGGAGGAAAGGGACCCUCUGCAGGCAGCUGCCAACUUGGGCUCCCGGCUCGCUCCAGCCCCAUAAAUACCCGGGGCCAGGAGGGAGGGCCACACAGAGGCAGGCACACACCAUGGGACACCUGGAGCUGGCCGUCUUGGGCCUCACCUGCUGCUUGGCAGUAGUGAGUGCUGCAAAGCUGGGCGUGGUGUACACGGAAGGCGGCUUUGUGGAAGGCAUCAACAAGCAGCUCGGCCUCUUUGGCGACUAUGUCGACAUCUUCAAGGGCAUCCCCUUCGCCGCCCCGACCAAGGCCCUGGAGAACCCCCAGCCACACCCAGGCUGGGAAGGGACCCUGAAGGCCACGGACUUCAAGAAGCGAUGCCUGCAGGCCACUAUCACCCAGGACAACACCUACGGGGAUGAGGACUGCCUGUACCUCAACAUCUGGGUCCCCCAGGGCAAGAAGGAAGUCUCCAGGGACCUGCCCGUCAUGAUCUGGAUCUACGGAGGUGCCUUCCUCAUGGGGGCUGGCCAGGGGGCCAACUUUCUCAGCAACUACCUGUAUGACGGGGAGGAGAUCGCCACGCGGGGCAAUGUCAUUGUGGUCACCUUCAACUACCGCGUCGGCCCCCUGGGCUUCCUCAGCACUGGGGAUGCCAACCUGCCAGGUAACUACGGCCUUCGGGAUCAGCACAUGGCCAUUGCUUGGGUGAAGAGGAACAUUGCAGCCUUUGGGGGGGACCCCAACAACAUCACCAUCUUUGGGGAAUCAGCCGGAGGAGCCAGUGUCUCUCUGCAGACACUCUCUCCCUACAACAAGGGCCUCAUCCGCCGAGCCAUCAGCCAGAGUGGCGUGGCACUGAGCCCCUGGGCCAUCCAGAAGAAGCCCCUCUUCUGGGCCAAGAAGAUCGCCGAGAAGGUGGGCUGCCCCGUGGAUGAUACCUCCAGGAUGGCCAAGUGUCUAAAGAUCACUGAUCCCCGUGCCCUGACGCUGGCCUAUAAGAUGCCCCUGACAGGCACAGAAUACCCCGUGCUGCACUAUCUGGGCUUCCUCCCUGUCGUCGAUGGAGACUUCAUCCCUGACGACCCCAUGAAUCUGUACGCCAACGCCGCCGACGUCGACUACCUAGCAGGCACCAACGACAUGGACGGCCACAUGUUUGCCAGCCUCGACAUGCCAGCCAUCAACAAGAACAAACAGGACAUCACAGCGGAGGAGUUCUACAAGCUGGUCAGCGGGCUCACCAUGACCAAGGGGCUCAGAGGUGCCAACGCCACCUUUGACUUAUACACCGAGCCCUGGGCCCUCGACUCAUCCCAGGAGACCAAGAAGAAGACCGUGGUGGACUUUGAGACCGACGUCCUCUUUCUGAUGCCCACGGAGACGGCCCUGGUCCAGCACAGGGCCAACGCCAAGAGUGCCAAGACCUAUGCCUACCUGUUCUCCCUGCCCUCUCGGAUGCCCGUCUACCCGAGCUGGGUGGGGGCCGACCACGCAGACGACAUCCAGUACGUGUUCGGGAAGCCCUUCGCCACACCCCUGGGCUACCGGUCUCAGCACCGGACUGUCUCCAAAGCCAUGAUCGCCUACUGGACGAACUUCGCCAGAACCGGGGACCCCAACACGGGCCACUCGGCCGUGCCCACGCCCUGGGAUCCCUACACCCUGGAAAACAGCAGCUACCUGGAGAUCAACAAGAAGAUGGACAGCAGCUCGAUGAAGCAGAGCCUGAGGACCAACUAUUUGCGCUACUGGACCCUGACCUACGACGCGCUGCCCACCACGAUCGGCGAGGGGGCCGCCCUGGUGCCCCCCACAGACGACUCUGAGGCCGCCCCUGCACCCCCCUCGGGUGACUCUGAGGCUGGUCCCACGCCCCCCUCGGGUGACUCUGAGGGGGCUUGGAUGCCCGCAGUCAUUGGCUUCUAAUGUCCUUGGUCCUUGCCAAGAGGCCACAGGGUGGGACCCCAGGGGGCCCCCCUCCCCUCCUGAGCUCCUCCUGAAUAAAGCCUCAUCUCUCUGGCA